AUGAACAAUACCAUCUCCAACCUUUCUGCUGGACUCAGAAACGUCCGCAUCAGCCAGCCUGUCAGCCACUCAGACAUCCAGAACGAGUACGAGAGCCAGACGAACCAGACGCUGGACUCGGAGUCGGUGUCGCGGCUGAAGGAGUUUUUCUCGCAAGGAGCCCCUAACGAGGGUUAUACGCUCGUGAGCCACCGGUCUGCGCCCAACGGAUUCAAGAUCGCCAUCAUACUAUCCGAGCUCGAGUACAACUACAGCACGAUUCUACUGGACUUCAACAAGGGCGAGCAGCGCACGCCAGAGUUCCUCGCCAUCAACCCGAACGGCAGGGUGCCUGCGCUGAUAGACCACACGAACCAGGACCAGCAGGUGUCCAUCUGGGAGUCCGGGGCCAUCAUCCUGUACUUGGUGGAGAAAAAACUCAAGGAAGAGGGCUCCUGUGCGAUCUGGAGCGAUAACCUUGUCGAGCAAAGCCACAUCCUCAGCUGGCUGUUUUUCCAGACCUCGGGCCACUCGCCCAUGAUAGGCCAGGCGCUACACUUCAAAUACUUCCACUCCAGCAACGUGCCCUCUGCCAUCGAGAGAUACACCGAUGAAGUGCGCCGCGUGUACGGUGUGCUCGAGAUGGCCCUUGCCGAGCGUCGCGAGGCUCUGAUCAUGGAGCUCGACGCAGAAAACGCCGCGUCCUACUCCGCCGGCCUCACGCCGCUGUCCCAGAGCAGAUACUUCGACCACCCAGUGUGGCUCGUGGGCGACCGUGUCACCAUAGCAGACCUCUGUUUUGUCACGUGGAACUACGUCGUCGACCGCAUAGGAAUCGAUCUCAAGGCCGAGUUCCCCGAGGUUUACAAGUGGACUAAGCAGAUGAUGAGGCGACCUGCGGUUAUCAGGGCAUUAAAGGGUAAUGAGUAG